GCAGUCUAUUAUAAGAUACCCUCUCUUCCCUAUUUCCCUUGGGGUGAGGUGUCGAUGUGGACUGCACAGAGAGCCGUUUGUGUUAUCAGACUUAUCAAAGUUUUGCGCACAUGUUUAAGAUGUUUCAGUUUCAGUUUGCUUGUGAUUUUUUUUAAAGUAGAGCGCCAGUGUUUAUAGCCAGCAGGCUGGAAUACCAAUAUCUUUGAGUCACGUCAGCUACUCGUCUGUUAUGACCCAGAUUGCAUGCUACCAUUUUCUUACUUUUUUUUUUGUAACAUACAGUAGCUUCACCAAAUGGACAAACACACAUGCAACCCGGACUCAUCUGCAUUCUUUUCAUUCGGGGGAAUCACUUUUUUUCCUUUUUUGUGUUUCUGUUUUCUCAUCCCUCUAAACAUUAGCUCUGUUUUGACCUCGAGGGUUGAUGACCUGCAGGGUUUUGCUCCUCCUUAGAGAUCAUGGGCCACACAUGGUUGAUCUGUGGUUCAUUGUCUGCAAGGAGCAGUAGUCUGCAAGUCAGAGCCUUCAAAGGCAGAGCGUAGGCACUAAAGUGGGAUUAAAUAACAUGGUUAUUAUAUUUUUUUUACUUUACCUUGUUUAGCCCAAUGAGGAAGUUCAGAAUUUUCAAAAAUUCUUGAUUGCUUUGCAGAAGAAAAGCUUAAACAAUCAAUCACUACAGAACUAGCUAGUGUAGUUUUAGCUGAAUCAUUAGGAGUAGACUAAUAUUUUCUUGUGAAAUGUGUAUUUUUAACUUUGGUAUAUAUUUUUUUAUAUUCAACAUUAACAAAAGUCCUUGAUGUUUCAAUUUGAAAGAGUCCAGUUGCGGGCUGAGGCUGAGAGUCCAUUGAGGCUAAAGAUGACUGGCUAAGAUGACUGCCUGUCCCGUUUGGCCUUGGCUUUCACCUUACAAUGUGUGUGUGACCUUUGCCCCCCUUGAUCCUUGGCUGACCUAACCGGAAGCCAUGAUGACAGCAGCCUUUUGCCAAUAGACCAGGGGCGAUGGUGAGGAUUGCCAUUGGUUUUUAUGUUGACAGCAAACAUAAGCGGAUCGGCUCUAGUAAAGAACUUGCAUCUAAAGAAAUCUUGUAGUGGUUACAGCAGCCGGAGCCGCUCUGGCAGGGACAAGUAUGGACCUCCAGUCCGUACAGAGUACCGCCUCAUUGUGGAGAACUUGUCCAGCCGCUGUAGUUGGCAGGACCUCAAGGACUUCAUGCGUCAGGCAGGUGAGGUAACAUACGCAGACGCCCACAAGGAACGCACUAAUGAGGGAGUGAUUGAGUUCCGGUCCCACUCUGACAUGAAGAGGGCCCUGGACAAACUGGACGGUACUGACAUCAACGGUCGCAAGAUCCGUCUGGUGGAGGACCGGCCACGCAGACGAAGAUCCUACUCUGGCAGCCGCUCCAGAUCUCGUAGUCGUCGUCGCUCUCGCAGCAGGAGCCGCAGGAGUUCAAGGAGUCGCUCCAGAUCCCACUCAAGGUCUCGUUCCCGCAGCAACAAGAGGCGUCACCAUUCCCGCUCCAGGUCUGGCAGGAAAUCUCGCUCCAAGUCAGGAGACGACAAAUCGCGCUCCCGCACCCGCAGGUCCCGUUCCGGGUCCCACAAAUCCAAAUCUCGCUCACACUCUCGCAAAUCUAGGUCUCGCUCGGCCGACCGCAAAUCCAAGUCCCGUUCAAAGAGCCGCUCCAAGGUGAAGUCUGAGCGGGAUUCCCGCAGCCGAUCCAAGGAGAUGUCCGUCGGGAAGAAGUCUCGCAGCCGAUCGGCUUCGCCGGUAGAGAACGGAAAGGAAGAGCAUGCCGUCAAAUCUGCCUCCCGGUCCCCGCAAGAGGACGACCGGCGCUCCAAGUCGAGGGAGAAGCGCUCUGCCUCUCGCUCAAAGUCCCGCUCGAGGUCUCGCUCACGGUCUCGGUCGGCUUCUCAGGAUUAGUGUAGGUGAAGUUUGGAAGUUGUUUUUCUUAUUGCUGAGCUCGAGCCUCAUGCUGUACAUAGUGAGCUAUGUCGUAAUAACCGGCUUAUGCUUCCUGACUCGUCUACUUUUGUCCUCCGAGUGUGCACGUCUCCGCACGUUCUAAAUGCAGUUUAUCGGACAAGGCACAACGAUGCCUGGGCGGUCGAUUUCAGUUGCCGGUCUCUUAAAUAGAAUCAACAGAAUUCAUUUCAAAAACAGGUUAGUCUUAAAAUCUUGAGUUAACCUGAGAUUUUUUUUUUUUGGUCAGUGUUUAUCUCAACAGUCUGUUUUCAUUAAAAGCUCCUAACAGCUUGGGCGGACAUUGCUUUGCUUGUCAUUUUACUUAGUUUGCCGUAGCCCCCCUCAUCCAUAAUGUCUGGAGGAGUCUUCAUUUAAUAGAGCUGUAUUGGUGUGGUCUUGAUUAAGCUUGCAUGACUGUGGGAGGAAAGUGGCAUUUGGCUACAGCUCUGGGAACUUUUGUCCUUGGGAUCUGCAUUCUCUCUAUUAAUUGCUUUCUGAAGGAAUUGAUGUUUAACGAGCUUAUACUGCAGAAAAACGUAUUUACAAGAAAAUGAGGGUUUGUAAUUCAUUUUUUUUUUUUUUU